AUGAACGUUUGCUUAAUAGCCAUCACUCUAUCGAGUUAUUGGUCGGCAAUCAAACCGACAGAAAGUCAUGUUUUGCUAUUAAUCGACAAAUUAAGCCCAAACUCGACGACCAAUGCUAACGAAGAGGCAUCGCUUCACUUCCAUCGGUUGGCAAACACUCAUCACUUGCAUAAUCCCUGCUCUCCUGGACGUCAUUCAUCAGCACAUCCUCGCAGAGCAAACCCGACCACCGGUUCUGAUCACGACAUCUCCUACUCUGAACUCACGGGUAUGACAGCACUGACAGCACUGACGGGUACGCCUGGAAACAAGCCUGGAUUAGCACUACUUCGUGAACUGAUUACCAAAUCAACUUUUUUGCAAGGUUUGGUCACCAAUGUCAUCAGAAUGAAUUUGGUGGAAGAAUGCACUGAAUUACGGCUCCCAGUCGUGGCUGACGUCCCAAACUUGGAUGAACUCAAGUGGAGGCUAAUCACCCGCCCGUCGCCCCUCAAUGGGGCACCGGAUCAGUACAGAUAG